GCAUCAAUUGUAGCCUUCUCUUUCCUCUCUUCCACACGGCAGAAAGUACACACUUGAAGUUUAAUCGCAGAUACAAGAGAUACGAGGGAUGAGAGCUCGAGAGCAGCCGCACAGAAGCGAGAGUGGAACGUCGCCGACGGGGUCUAACCGGUCCAGAACAACUCGGAGCUUUUAAGCUAUUUGCGUGGAAGGGUGGAUUUAAUCAACGUGGAUCACUGAAAAGCAUGCACUGAGUUUGAACUGUACUCGCCGCUUGUUUCUAAACUUUCGAGAAAAGGGUGAAUAUCAGAAAGCUAACGGAAAAGGGUUGGGAAAAGGAGUGCAGUCGGAACACUGGCUACGGGGUUCUACCAGUUUUGGGAUGUAGCCAGUUGAAUCGGAAUGCGUUGUAUUUUUGAGGACAAGGUUUUUAGUAUAACUGUCGACACGGGUGCAGUUAAAUAGGCUACACGGGACAUAAGGAGUGCAUUUAAACCGAGAUUAUGACACUAAUGGGACAUUAAUAUUUUGCAUCAGAACAAGUAAUUACAUCCCUUCAUCUGAACAGUUCGAGCAGAGAAUAGUUCGUCAACAUGGACACAUUACGGAUUGCAAUGCGAGACGCGUCUCUGGUUUAUUCAAUGCUUCUUUUGACUUCUUUUUGGAAAGAGUCAGAGUGUCGAGGUGGUGGAGACACCCAGCCAAGGUUCUCCUCCUCUCUGCCCACCUACUUUCCUGUCUCCUGCCAGCUGCAGGGCGCCGACUCCUCCUUUUUCCUUCGGGAGGCAGGACAGGAAGUGAUGCGUAAUGGCAGCCUGCAGACGCGCACCGAGCCCUUCUUCCUACACCAACCAGAGGCGGGCGCCGUCCCCCUGCCAUCCGUCAACUGUAGCUACGGCAACCUGACAGCUGAGGCCCCCGUGCCCCUAGAGCUGCUCCAGGGGUCCCCGCGCCUCCUUGGCUCCUCCCCCACUCACAUCACCCUCAACUGGAAGGUGCGUGCCCAUGUGGUGAGCCGCAGGGUGGGCUCAGCACGCCCCCUCGUCCAGGUGCUGUUCUACCUGGCUGGCCGUCGCUGGGACGAGGCAGCCCCCCUUCCGGAGCAGCUGCCCUGUGUGCGGGUGAUAGCGGUGCGGGAGCCCAGUGAAGCCUCUCCAUCAGCGAGCUGCAGGUUGAAUGAGGUGGGGGGUGGCGUGGGGAUAUGUGUAGCCCGCUUGGAGCUGCCUGCUGGCUGGUUCACCCCGUCUCCAGGUCGGAAGAGGCUCCCGGAUACGGCCCUGACUGGAGUGGAGCUGUACUACUCUGUACAGCCCCUAGAGGGUGAGAGCGAGGAGUGCCCAGGCAUCAAGGAGCAAUGGAGAGGGCAGAGUGGAGCAGUGGGGGACAUGCGGAGUGCUGGGCCCGUGGGGCUGGUGGUGGGGCCAGCGAGGCCCAGGGGGGAGAGGCUGAGACUGGAUGACAACGUGGAGAUCCUGGUGCCUCCCAGCCCCAUUAGACUGGGACAGAUGGUGGGCUUCGGGAUCAGCAUGAGUUCUGUCUCUAGUUUAGAGCAGUUCACUCUCAGAGCCCUGUUCAAACAAGGAGUCAACUUUGUGUCAGUGAAGCCCAGCAAUGUGGCUUCUGCCUGGGAGAUCAAACAGGAAACGCUACCCGGAAGUCCCUCAUUGUCCGUGUUCUGCCAGAGGAAGGCCAGCUCUACAGGGGAAAGGUUGGAGGGCUCCUUUUACGAGGUGAUGCAGGUGGAGUUUGAGAUGGACAACAUCAUCAACCUACAGUCUACCCAGACCAUCCAGUGGCAGAUCGAGUAUCCCUCCACAGGCACACAGGCAGAGGCCGUCUCCCACCUCUACAUCAGCCAGAGAGACAUCCAGGGCAUCGUACCCCUGGCCGAGGUGUCUCCUGGCUGUGAUACAGUGCUGGUGAAUGGGAAGGAGAUGCGUGGUAGACAGUCUCUGAUGGUCAACUUCACCUACCUGUACCUGAGCACCCAGCUGGAGCUGACUGUGUGGGUGCCUCGUCUGCCCCUGCAGAUGGACGUGUCUGACACGGAACUCAGCCAGGUCAAGGGAUGGAGGGUGCCCAUCUUUUCCAACAAGAGGCCCACCCGCGACAGUGAGGAUGAUGAGGAUGAUGAGAGGAAGGGCAAAGGCUGCACGCUACAGUACCAGUAUGCUCUGGUGAGGGUGCUCACCCACUUUGUAGCGGAGCCAGCAGCCCCUGGCGGGGAGCUAGUCUACAUGCUGGGGAUGGACUGGCAGGCAGACAUCACAGACCUGGUUCUGGACUACCUGAAGGUGGAAGACCCACGCAUUGCCCGGCUGCUGGAGGGACGCGUCCUGAUGGGCAAGGACCUGGGCAUCACCACUAUCCAGGUACACACUUAGCCCACUGAGCUAAAGCCUAGGCCUCAUCCCCAUCCAGGUACACACUUAGCCCACUGAGCUAAAGCCUAGGCCUCAUCCCCAUCCAGGUACACACUUAGCCCACUGAGCUAAAGCCUAGGCCUCAUCCCCAUCCAGGUACACACUUAGCCCACUGAGCUAAAGCCUGGGCCUCAUCACCAUCCAGGUACACACUUAGCCCACUGAGCUAAACUCUGGGCCUCAUCACCAUCCAGGUACACACUUAGCCCACUGAACUAAACUCUGGGCCUCAUCACCAUCCAGGUACACACUUAGCCCACUGAGCUAAACUCUGGGCCUCAUCACCAUCCAGGUACACACUUAGCCCACUGAGCUAAAGCUUAGGCCUCAUCACCAUCCAGGUACACACUUAGCCCACUGAGCUAAAGCCUAGGCCUCAUCACCAUCCAGGUACACACUUAGCCCACUGAGCUAAACUCUGGGCCUCAUCACCACGCAUUGCCCGGCUGCUGGAGGGACGCGUCCUGAUGGGCAAGGACCUGGGCAUCACCACUAUCCAGGUCCUGUCCCCUUUGUCCGACUCUAUCCUGGCAGAGAAGACCUUAACGGUGAAAGAUGACAAGGUGACCAUCACAGACCUGGGGGUCCAGCUGGUAGCGUCAAUAACCAUGAACAUGCAGUCAGGAAGCAACCAGGCCAUCGC